AUGAAUUCAACUAGUCAUAAAUUAACAAUGAAUUCUUUAUCAAAACAACAUAAGAUAAAAGAAAGUAAAUUUACUUCAUCGAAAACUGUCAAUACAAUAUCAUCUCAAAUAAGAUCUUGCUCAAAGUGGAUUCAUGCAGGUGAGACAAUUGUAGGAAAUAAAUUAAAUACAUAUCUCAAUGAUCUGGAAAGAAUUGCAAUUAUUGGAAUUGAUACGUUGUAUGUUGUUGAUCGUUACAAUGACAAAACUCGAUUACAAAUAUUUCCAAAUGGAUCUCUUGUUGGUCAUACAUUGUGGAAUGAAUUCGAUUCUAUUAUUCUAAUCGAUGAAAAUGCAACUAUUUACACAGCUUCUUACAAUGGAAAUAUUCAACGUUGGUUUAGAGAUGCAAGACAAGGAGAGAAAAUAAAUUGUCAAUGUAAUCAAUGUUCUCGUGUAUGGUUCGAUUCAGAAAAUCAAGAUUUUUAUAUUGUCGAACGUUUUCAUUCUCGUGUCAUUAAAUGUAAUAUCCACACGAAUAGAACGAUAAUUGUAGCUGGAAUAACAAAUAUAGAUGGAUCUUCGAAUCAAACACUUUCUUAUCCGUAUAGUUUAUAUGUCAAUAAUGCAAAGGAUAUAUACAUUAGUGAUGUGAACAACCAUCGAAUACAGAAAUGGACACAAAAUGCAACACAUGGCAUUACGAUUGCUGGACAGACAAGAAAAAAAGAUCAAUCGAAUGGUUCUCUUUAUCGACCAUAUGACAUUAUAGGUGAUAACAAUGGUUUUAUUUACAUUGCUGAUAUGAACAAUCAUAGAAUUAUUCGAUGGAAAGAAGGAGAAACACAAGGAGAAAUUCUUUGUGGUAUCUCAGGUGAAUCUGGCAAUUCUACAUAUCAUCUAGACCGGCCAAAAUCACUGGCAUUCGAUGUUGAAGGAAAUCUGUACGUUGCCGAUAUUGGAAAUUCACGAGUACAAAAAUUUACUAUUAACAAUACUGAUUGUCUUUUAUCAGAAACCGAAAUGUUGAAAGAUCGAUGGUCAUUUAUUCGUCAACAACUACAUGCAUCCAAAGUUCAACUUCAAAACAGUGUUCCUCUUGGUCUUGGCUAUAAUCCAUUAAAAGGCUCUCCUAUUUGUUACACCGAUUUUUGUCAAAGAGAAGGUUUUGCUCUACCUAUUUUCAAGCUUAAGUAUUUUAUUCCAUCUAAAGGAACUUGUACCAACCAUUCUACAUCAGAAAAUGUGAAAAUUGAUUGUAUAACCUCGCAGAAUGUCAAUAUCGAAACACAAAUUAUUAAUACAUUACGUGAUCUAAAAGAACACAUGUUGAAAACUGUUGAUUUUUCAACUGAUUUUAAGCGAAAUUCAAGAUAUGUUAAUGUUUCUUUCUCUUAUGCUUACUCAAGAGAAAUACGCUCAAUCAUUGAUAUGAUCAUGAAAGAUAAUGCAACCAUACUUGUUACUUCGUUCAAUAUAACAUCGAUUCGUCUUUCGAUCAAUGAAUCAAAAUUUGAGAUCUCGAAUGAAUUUCGUUUCGUCAUUGAGAAUAUGCCAUGCUGUGACUUUAAUGAAACCGUAGAAAAGUACAUUCAUGAAUUUAUAAUUGGCUAUUUUGGUUAUACAUAUAUUAAAGAAGUUCAACUUGGUGGUAUUAUACAACAAACGAUUGUUAUUACACAAAGCGAUCAUACUAAUGUAGAGCAAAAUGGAUUUAAUACAUCGUACCAAGUAUGGAUGAGAGAUGUUGCCAAAGAACUCUUUUCAGUUCAAAUGAAAUUAAAUCGAACGCAAACAUGCGAUAAAAUGUUAAUGAAUAUUUCUAAUAAGUAUUUCACUAAAAGUAAUGUUAUGAUAUAUGCUGGUAAUAUUUCAAUAAAAUCGUUUGAUGAUUGGUAUAAGUCAGUAUCAGAUAACCCAGUCCUUCUGAAAUUUAGUUUUUCUACUAUUUUUGAUUUGUUAACGAAUGGCCAUUUUCCUGCUGAUUCAUAUAUUUUUCAAAAAGCUGCACUGAUCAAAUUAGCCGUUGAUCGAUAUUUAUCAAAUCCAGUAUAUUGCUAUAAUCAAUGUACGGAUACUAUACAUGGAACAUGUAUCGAGAGUGGCUAUUUCCAAUUUGGCAUCUGCCAAUGUAUGUCGGCGUGGACAGGAUUCGACUGUGCUACUCCUCUUCAACAUUAUAUCGAUACACUUCACAAUAGGGUAUCACCAAUUUGGAAAACGAAAGCAGAAAGAAAUAGUUAUCCAGCGUCAAUAGGUUAUGGAAAAGGGAAAAUGGCACCAAAAGAAACAGUUUCGCAUAUUUUUGAUCAGAAUAUUCAUACUAAAUAUAGAAGUUUUGGAUCAGGAUCAACUAAUACCAUGAGUCAAAAAACUGGUCUAAAUACAGGCUUUUAUCUUACACUCAAUGCUGGCAUUUGUAUUGUGAAUGGAUUUCAGUUUACAACUGCAACUAGUCAUCCAAAACGAGAUCCAAUAAUGGUUACACUUGAAGGAAGUAAUGCUAACAAGUCUUUGUUAACACUUGGUAGCAGUUGA